GGAAGAGAGCUUCAGGGGAGCUUCAGUUGAUGCGGAGGAGACAGACGUGAUGUUGGAACCCUCCAUCACCAGAGAGCAACAUGCUGCAGCUGUGGGUGGAGGCUUUGCUGCCAGAGAGGAAGUAUCAGCUCACAUUUUCAGCAGAGAUGUUUUUCCACUGGACUCUGCUGCUGGGUCUCACCUUGCAGUUAAAGACCGGACCAGUUUGUGGAUGUGUCUGUUCACCGGCCACCACGCUGUCCCAGUUCCCCUUGGAGGUUCCUGCUGAUGUCUGCUGCUUGAACUACUCCCGCUCUGCUUUUGGGCUCCUGCUCUGGUCCGUGUUUACAAAUGAGACGAAUUUAGAGAUGCUGGAUCUGUCCAGCUGUAACAUCAGCUUUAUUCAAGGUAACAACAAACAGGUGUCUGCCCUGCAGAAGGUUUACCUGGAGCGGAACAGACUGAGACGGUUACCGGACCAGUUUCUUGCUGCUCAGCCCAAUCUGACUGAGGUGAAUCUGAGUGAGAACCUUCUCCAGGAGCUUCCUGGUGGAUUCCUCCAGGACUCCUCCAGCCUCCAGAGCUUGAAUCUACAGGGGAACCAGCUACGCUCCUUACCUGGCAGUUUACUGCUGCUACCCAGUCUACAGAGACUAGAGCUGGAUGGGAACCAGUGGGAAUGCUCCUGUUUGUUACUGGAAGGUCUGGAGGCGGGCAGGCAGGUUAACAGGACCCAAAAACUCCAGAAUGUGGUGAGGAACCUGACCUGCUCCUCUCCUCGCCACCUCACCGGCAGGUCCGUGUGGUCAGUGAGCCUUACUGACGUGUGUCGCCCAGCUGGCCUCACGGCGCUCUUCAUCGUGCUCCCCCUCCUCAUCCUCUCUGCCUUGCUGCUCUGUUGGUGCUGUGGCAGGAAGAGGAAGAAGAAGGAAACUCCUACAUUCAGCACUUCCAAAAAGAGGGCUCCCAGCUCCAGCUACCCUGGCCACAAACAUCCCAGCAAGCCUCAGCCUCCCGCUGCUGAGCAGGUCAAAGCAGGAGAUGCUAGGAAAGAGGGGAUCCUGAAGAACCAGCUGCUGCUCCGCCCGGCCUCAGAGCUCCUGGGCAGCACCAGGGACAUCUACGAGGAGGUGGAGAUCAAGAUGGGCUCGGUGGAGUCUCUUCCACAAGCCUCCUCGUGGCGCUCCAGCUCCACAGAGGACAAGCAGGUGUCCCAGGAGCCUGAGGGGGCGGGUAAGACAGAAAUGGACUCAGUCAGCGUGACAGAAGUGAUGAAAGACUCGGCUGAUAGAGAGAAAGCUUAUCUGACCCAGUCCACCGAGUACUACAGCCUGGUUCCGGGUAUCGAACUGGAGGACUCGGACCACGGAGAAUACGAGAGCAUUAACCUCUGACCUUUAAAGACCCUUUUGGAGACUUUUUUUUUACUGCAGAACUUGAGUCAUGUGGUGCAUUAUGGGAAAGCUUACAAGUUCACAAACACACAGGGUUACUCUUUAAAACGUUAAUGCAAAACUAUGAAAAAAUACAUUUUGACCUCCAAGCUAUUAUCAAUAUUUUAUCUUUCCUGUGUGAGUUUGAAGUGCCUUUGCUACUGCUGUUUCACAAGCUGCUGUCUGUUAGGACUUCCAGCCGCUGGAGUUUAUUUUAAUGCUCCAAUUAUGUAAACUUUGUCUUUCACAGGAGUGGGAAUGCCUCGAGCAGACCCUCAGCUGUUCUGGAAUCCUGGAAAUCAAAAGUCCUGCAGUCCGAGUCUUCUAAAUGAGAGCAGAAUCAGGUGUGGGUUCAGUAAAAAAAAAAAAAACCUUCCAGGUGCUCUAAAUCACCAAAGGUUUACAGUUGGGGAAGUUAUUAUGUUAAUAAGUACUUUACUGUGUAAUCCUGCUUAAAAAUGGACAUCACAACCAAAUUAAAUGGCUGUAAAAUAAUGUAAUUAAUUUUUUAAAAUCCAAAGACUCUUGCUAACGGCUCUAAAGUUUAAUCUGCACAGAAACAAAAUGCGUUUCCUGAUGAGUUCUGGACGUAUAACCUAACGUAUCGGAGAGUCCCGCCGACACGGACAGCGGGGACUUCAGCGAGCCGGUGAGAUAAAAGCAGAGUUGUUGGCACAAGUCCCGGCUCAGUCAUAUUUCUGCCUUACAAAGGCAAACAGCGAGGGAAGUUUGACAUUUAAACGCUCUAAACGAUACAGAUGUUUAGAUACACAAUGUUAUAUUUAAAACACUAAAUAACUGAAGGGUUCUCAAGCUAGUUUUCUUUUUGUGUGUUUUAUACAGGAAGUCAAAGCCUCUUAUAACCUUUAGACUUGAUGGAGUCUGUUUAACCUCCAAGAUCUGAUUUUUAUCCUGAGAGGCGCUAUAGAAAAUAUCUUUUCUUCCUCUUCUUCUUCAAAAUAACACCUCCAUUCCUCAGUGACGUCAUUGUUUAAAAUAUUGAAUAAUCUUAGUUUUGGAAGGGCCAAACUAACUCUGACAUGCCUUAUGCAAAAUUUAUGCUGAAUUUCAUUAAACAAACUUUAUUUAUUGCCAACAGGAAAUCAGAUUGCUGCAGAGUCUAUCAAUUUAAAACAAAAAUGAGGAUCAUUAUGAAGUUUUGUCAUUUGUAUUCACGACCACGACUGAUUCUGUUUGUAGAUAAUCAUGCACACAUUGUUUCUACAGCAUUUGCACAAAUAAAAUAAGUAAAACAA